AGAGCAGGACAGGUUUCAGACACCAGCCGGGAGGAAUUCUUGUCGGAUGAAAACAAUCAGGACAUCCAGACGCAGUUCAAGUGGGCCAGAAGGUCCAGUGUGGCUGCAGGAUGCAAAGCAGAGUCUUACUCAGUGGCGGGCAGUACCGGCAGUAUCACCCCAUCAGUGGGCCCGGUGCCCCACCAGGCCUCAGGCAGCUCCAGCCCCUGCUCACACUCUUCAUCUGCAGGAUCACGGCACCCUGUCAGUGCCCUCAAGAAAUGGCUCACCAAUCCCGUCCGCAAGCUGAGCUCUGAUGCCAGAGGAGGAGCGGGGAAAGUCGAGAAGCAGACGUGCAGGUCAGAAAGGAGGCAGCCGCCAUUGCUCCUUUCUCACAGUGAAACUCAGCCGAGGCCUCUAGAACCGCACGUCAACUACACCAUCCUCCCGUCUGGAGAUACGGUGUCGAAGGACGGCCUGUUGAGUCCAGCCACUCCUUCUCCUACACAGCCGCACUGUCAGAGCUAUUUAACUGACCUCCUGCAAGGCAGAGAUGCACAGACUCUAAGUCAAAAAUCCAGCAUGGACACUUUCCACGGGGAAGACGGCUGCACUGUGACUGACGACACAGCCAGCCAGCGGUCCGCUACAGUGGACAGUGCAGUGGAGAGAAACAUUGCUUUAGAGAAGAGCAUAUAUGUGCUGACUGAGCUGAUAGAGACAGAAAGGCUGUAUGUAGAAGAUCUGGGACUCAUCGUGCAGGGUUACAUGAGCGCCAUGGCCAAUCAGGGAGUUCCAGAGGACCUGAAAGGGAAAGACAGGAUUGUGUUUGGAAACAUCCAUCAGAUCUACGACUGGCAUAAGGAUUAUUUCCUGGGAGAGCUGGAGAAAUGUGUGGGUGAUCCUGACAGCCUGGCCGAGCUCUUCAUCAAACAUGAACGGCGUCUUCACAUGUAUGUGGUUUACUGUCAGAACAAACCCAAAUCAGAGCAUGUUGUCUCUGAACACAUCGAGACCUUCUUCGAGGAUCUCAGGCAACAGUUGGGUCACAGGCUGCAGCUCAACGAUCUACUCAUCAAACCCGUUCAGAGGAUCAUGAAGUAUCAAUUACUGCUGAAGGACUUCCUGAAGUACUACAGCAAAGCAGGAAGGGAUGUUGAGGAGCUGCAGAGGGCCGUGGAGGUGAUGUGCUUCGUGCCAAAACGCUGUAAUGAUAUGAUGAAUGUCGGCAGGCUCCAAGGUUUUGAGGGGAAAAUCACGGCUCAGGGGAAGCUGCUCCAGCAGGAUACCUUCUCCGUCAGCGAGCAGGAAAGCGGCUUCCCGUCCAGAGCGAAGGAGAGGAGGCUCUUCCUGUUUGAGCAGCUGGUCAUCUUCAGUGAACCAAUUGAUAAGAAGAAGGGCUUCUCUUUGCCAGGGUACACUUUCAAAAACAGCAUCAAGGUUAGCUGUUUGGGCGUGGAGGAACACUCUGAGAAUGAUCCGUGCUCUCUGGUCCUGACCUCCCGCGGGACUGACGGCAGUGUGACGCGCUUCAUCAUGCAGGCAUCAUCUCUGGAAAUACAGCAAGCUUGGCUCAGUGACGUGGUUCAGAUCUUAGAGACUCAGAGGAACUUCCUUAAUGCCCUUCAGUCUCCUAUAGAGUACCAACGCAGGGAAAGCAAUUCAAACAGCCUCGGCAGGAACGUGAAGACUCCAACUGCGUCAGCAUCCGGCCUGCGACCUCACUCCUCUGCAUCCAUGGACCGACGCCAGAAGCCCUGCCUGCUGUCUCACAACGCCUCCCUGCCCUCUCUGCAUCCACCGCACCACAGCCCGGCCUUGAAGGUGCUUUCUCAUCCCUGUGCUGCGACGACUGGAGCAGCUCUCCCUCCACUUCCGUCCCACCAGCAGCUCAGUAUUAGCACAGAGGUGAGACACGCCCGCGGGACGUCCAAUGGCCUGCCACCCUGCAGCCAGCACAGCAUGCAGGGUGUGACGGCCAGGAUCCAGCGACCAAAUGCGACCGCAUUAAACGAGGGUGCACAUCGACCACACAACCUGGAUCAGCUGAAGGAGAGCGAGCAGUGAUGACAAAUGAGCUCACGUUCUGGAGCAGGAGUGCCUCGCCUGAGUCAGAGUGCUCUGUCGGCAUUGUUUGUCUCACUCUUGUACAGAAGGCAUCAACGUCUCGUGUUUCUGUUCUUCACAUUUUGUCCUAAAUUUCCCUCCAAAUUUUUUUCACAUACCACCAUGUGUUGAGGCUAACCAGGAUUUUAUUUAAUCACAUCUGUUUGAUUGUGUUUUCUCUGCAUAUACACACAUCUGCAGAUAACAGAUGAGAUGGUUUGGAAGCACCACAGAGACUGUACUUCAUAUUUUAUAUGUAUUCAUUUCUUACUUUUUCCAUUGAAAAUUCAUGGAUGAAUAUUUUUGUAAUAUUUUCAUAAGGGACCAAUUCCACUUAAUUCCCGAAAACUCAAAUCCCUUUACGCAUUCAUUCUCCCCAGCCUGAAAUCCCUGAGUGAAUGCAGAUUACAGCUUCACUGCAGGGUCUGAAUGCAAACAAAUUGUGCUUCUCUGUGGGAUCCAUGCAGAUUAGCAAAAAGCAUUUUUUUCCCUUUGGUGGGCUAUUUUAACCACGCCAUUGUUAGACUGUUAUCUGAACGAAGCACGUUUGUAAACUCUCACAAAGCAUGCGUCCUAAUCACGCAGAAAGAGGAGAGAAAGAGGAGAGAUAAAACAGAGGUGCCCACCUGUCACUGUCAUCUUGAAUGUAAAUAAUCUCAUGUGGGAUCAUAUCAAUAAAGUUUUUUGACUUGUGCUGUCCCGAUACACACAGGAAAUUAAAGAGAAA